UGUCAGUCCCGUGUUCUCGUCCUUCCCCGUGGCGACCGAAACACGAAAUUUUCCAUAAAUUAAAUCAGGACAAGCUUAUCAGACUUCACCGAUGGAUCAUCAGCCUCUUGCCAGCGUCACGACUGGAUCUCUAUCACCAGAACUUCAAACCACAUCCUCUCGGAAGCAUGACCUUCCUUCGGUGAUUGACCUGAGACCAGUAGAUGCUGGAAUAAGACCAAUCAGUGAGGAGAUACAACCAGUUCAAGAAGACUUACAUCAUGUCACCCAAGAUAUGCAUAGGGUUGGUGGACAACUUCACCAAGUUAACAGCUCUAUGUCAGUUAAUGGUGAAGAAUUGAGGUUGACAGAUAGUGAUAUACACCAAGUCAGUAAUGACCACACUCAGGUAUCUGACCCUCUUGCUAUAAAUAAUGAAGACGCUCUCACCAUGGAUGGGGAGAUAACAGAUAUGGACCCAAAUCAAGAUGUACAAGUUAUUACGCAUCAGGCCAACUUGUUAGAAGAUGCAUCUGGGGUUCUCAGUGCAGAUAAAACUAUCAAGCUGCCCAGUUUUCCUAGCCAGCAGACAGCUCAUGAAGCCCACGACCCACAAGACUUACAGCUCAGCAGCAUUACCAGUGGUGGAGGAGCCCUGCCCCUAGACACACAGCACUACUAUGAUAGUCUUCACCCAGCCCCAAUAAUGGUCUAUGAAGUUCCAGCUGGUAACAUUGUGCCUUUUGAUUCUAUAGUGCCUGUUCCCUUACCCAAAGGCAUAGGGGAGAAGAAUAAUGAAGGAGUGGACUUACUACAAGCUUCUGUCAAUGAAACUGUGUACACUCAUCCAACUCAGGAAAUGUCUCAUCCUUUGUAUGUCUUACAUCAUCCUCAGAAGAAAGAGCCUAGUUCAGAAGGAAUGGUUAUUGAACAUAUUAAUGCAGGUGAUGGAGUGAGUCCUAAUAUUGUCCUUGAGAACAGAGAUGGUAGCACCUUUACAAAAGUUGGUGACCAGUCGUCCAAUAUGAUGCCAAUUGGAACAGAGUUUAGCCUUAUUUCAACUUCCUGUUAUGAUAACUCUGUUACUACUGUAGCAAACAUGGCACAACUUUCCAUGUCAGCAGUAUACCACACUUCAACAGACACAGACAGUGAAGUUGCACUGACUCUUGCUAGUCUCGGCAAUCCCAAGAUUGAGAAAAUGGACAGAGAUUGUGGACAGAACCAGAACACAGAACAUUCAGACGUCAUGAGGGCGGCUUCCAUCAUAUCGGGGGUAACUGAUCAUCAGCAGUUUGAUAAUAUGGAUCAUCAAAGCAGUAAGACCUUAGAAGAAGAAAUUAGAACUAAAAAGGAUCAAAAACCAACUCUGGUGCUAAGAAGCAGAAGAAGUAGAGGCACAACCCCCAAUCAGCAGCACCAUGAUAUGACCAUUGAUGACACAAAGAAAGUUAGCAAAAGGAAGAAGAAAAGGGAAACAAAACUGGCUCCUUUCCCCAAAACAGAAGAGGGAGAAAAUUUUAUAAUUCCAGACAGUGUUCUUUCUGUUCGUCAAAUAUCUGGUCCAUCAAUCACCAUGCAGAAUGAAUCACAAAAGGAAAAUCUAUUGGGUCAGUUGCUCAAAGCCUCAGAGCACUGCGAGCCAGCAACUCUCAUCCCAGAGGGUGUCGUCGAUGAUGUGAUACCAGCUGUUGGGUACCGAAUAAUGGACAUGACAAACCUGAGUGAGAUGAUCGGAAUGAUGCACCGGUGCACGGGGUCAAUGGGAGCCAUCGUGAUUCAAGAACAGGCCUCCCUGCGUGAAGGAGCCGUCUCUCAGCUCAGUGUUAUUUGUACUGGCUGUCAGGAGGGAGCAGUGUGUGCCACGAGCAACAGGACAUCAGCCACAGGGCCAUGGGACAUCAAUGCCAGGGUAGAGCAGCUCACUAAGGAAUUCAACAUUAAGGAAGAUCAGGUGCAGCGCAUGCUGGAAAUUUUGGGAAUUUUUUACCGCCCUUGUGACCCAUCGCUUCAGCCCAUGUCACAACCAAUGGAGAUGGAGACAGCACCAGUGCAGGUUGCUAAGAAGAAAAGAAAGAAGAAGUCUGACUCAGACUCUUCUGGGAAGCCCAAGAAUGUUGCUUGUACUGUAUGUAAGGAGAGAUUUGUUGGGGAGAAUCACCUCAAGAAGCACAUGAACUGCCAUGACCUGUCCCUUCACACCUGCCCCUAUUGCCAUGCAUACUUCAAGAAACCUUUUAACCUCAAGCAACACAUCAAGAAGCAUGAAAAUUGUAAGUAUGAGUGCAAUCAGUGCCAACGAGUGUUCACAGAUAAGUCAACUUUACUCUGCCAUAUACGAUCACAGCAUGAAAAGAGAUACAACAUUCAGUGUAAGCAUUGUUUUAAACGAUUUUACCACCGAGCUCACUACAAUGAACAUAUGAGAAUUCACACUGGGGAGAAGCCUUACAUGUGUGAUCUGUGUGGCAAGAAGUUCUCCUGGCAUGACAGUGUGAAGAAACAUAUGCAGACCCAUAGUGCCGAAUCCAAGUACAAGUGUCGCCUGUGUGGAAAAUGGUUCCGAUGGCUGCAAGGCGUCCGCCAGCACCUGCAACAACAACACAAGUUAAAGAAGUGUGACAUAGAAGCCCAGGUGGUCACUGCAGCAACAGAAACAGCUUCAGCACUACCACAGUUUCAUCAGCAGACUCAUCCACCACCACAACAGCAACAACAACAACAGCAGCAGCAGCAGCAACAACAACAACAACAACAGCAACAACAACAACAACAACAACAACAACAACAACAACAACAACAACAACCACACCACAACCACACUCACCAACAACCACCUCAAGUUCUUCCACCACAACCACCAACUCAGGAUGACAACACUACAGGAAGAGGUUACCACACUCUUGAAUCUACAGCCCCCACUAGUGACACCACGGCUCAACAGACCUUAAAUAUGUUUCAUGUAACGGAGGUAGAGACUCAGCAGCAGAGUAUGUUUCAGUAUCAUUAAAACUGGUUUCUAGAAUACAGUAUAAUAGGAUAGCUAACAGACUUUUUUUUAGGAGAAUUGUUCAAAUAGUGAUACAAGCAUGCAACUUGGCAUGGAUAUUCUUAUAUGGAAAUUCUUUAAAUCCACUCAAUUAUUUACUUGAAAAUUUAAGUGGCCACCAAUUUAUCCUGCCAAAGAUAAAUUGACUGGCUGAUAGAAUGAGCAUUGGUGUCCAUUUCUUUGUUUAUAAGAAUGAUGAAGCAAAUUCUGCUAUCAUAAACCUGUGGCUCGAGAACCCAUAAUUUCAGAUCUGGAAUUUUGUGUUAGCCGUGAGGCUGACAGUUCUCACCCUGAUCCGGUCAUUCAGAGAAGCAGACUUUGAACUGUAUCGUGAGGCACUGUCAGAACUGAUACCAUGUCUUCACAAACAACAGUGUGAACUAUGCAUGAUGGCUUCGGAUUCACCUCUGUGACAUGAUGCCUCUCGACCAGCAAAAUCCAGAAGUGGCUAGAGAAAUUUACAAGAGUAAUUUGUUUUGCAUAAAUUAAAAAGAGAGUUCUCUGCACUGGCUAUCGACCAAGCCCACAAACAAAACAAUGCAAUCAUCAGAGAUGAUGGACAAGUAGUUGGCUUGAAUGAGGACCCAGCAGGACUUAGAAGAUUAAUGAUGGGUGGGUCAGAAGUGAGUUGUCUUGUUGUUGGUUUCAAGGCAGUGUCAGGAACCAAAGAUGCAACAACCAGCAAGUGGUGUAAUAGAGACAAAAGCGCUCGACAAACUUCAAGAAAGUGGGAAGCUUUUUACUAUACCACAUGAGGUGGGCAAUCCCUAUCAAGAGGUGUGAACUGCCUUCUUUGUGUUAGAUAUUAAGGAUAUUGUUGACCUCACCAGUGCUACUAUGAUUGGUACACAUCACAAGAGGUAAAGAAUAAAUCCAUUUAUUCAUGGAUGUGACUCGAGAGAACAGACCAAUGCUUAUUCUACCAGCAAGUUGCUUUCUUUAAACAUGAGGAAAUUGCCUGCAUUUUUAAAGAUAAGGUACAGAAGGACAACUGCCACUACUACUCUCAACUCUUCAUCUCAUGUCAGAGCAGACAAUGUGAUCUGCAUUAAUUCUUCAUACAUGAGAACCAGUCAGCCCCUGCCUCCCUAAGUGGCAAUGGAGAACUCCAUACCUGUAUUUGUCGGAAGUCCCAGCUGGUUGAAAUAUUUAAAGAUGAAGUGACGAAACCAGAUGCCGAGACAGAUACUAUCAUCAUAGAUGGAUCAGCAUCAUCAACACCCUAUCCCCCAUGUAUAUCAGACAUCUGUCUGAAGACAGAAGCAAAGUCCAGAAAUUAUCUGAUUAUGGCAACAUAAUCCAGAGUACGUUCAAGAGAUGUAGUGAGUUCCAUUUUCCGAAACUUUAACCAAGUUUUCUGGUGUUUUUCUUUUUUGGCACUUAGAAAGGUAUGGUCCUCAUAGCCUCAUAUAACAAUGGCAUUAGCAUGCAGUAGUGUUGGGGGUGACUGAUGUAUUUUGGUGUGGUAGAAACUAAACUCUUGUAAGUCACUUUUAUUACUUAUUAUGGUUAUUUUUACAUUUUAUUAGAUGUUUUUACCACUAUUUAUGUAUCGUAUUUGGAUACACACAAACUUGGUAUAAAACAGUGGAUGAUGCAGAUGAUGUGUAUAGUAUGUGAAACAAAUGACAUAUAAUGAAAAUUUCAUCCUAUAUUUUUUAGCGAUGUGUAUAUGAAAUGACAUAUGUCGAUACAACAGUAUUCCCAAAAAUUAACCAGUGUGGAAAUACUAUUAUUGGUAUCUUUCCGUCUGAAUGCGAGCACUCAAUGUCCCAGAUCUCCCAGGCAGAAGAUCUAAUCAAAUAGGAUCACCACAUAAUGCUAACUACCUAGGUAUUCUAGAACUAAUAGCCAAGUUUGAUCCUUUUCUGACUAAUCACAUUUCACAAUUUAGAAAUAAAAACAAAGAAAAUCUUAUGUGAAUUAAAAGCUCAACUAGUUGUGAUGAACUCAUUUUUUGAUAAUGAGGAAAAGGGUUUUGUCAAUUGUUUCCAAACUACUUCAGACUACUUAUUUUGUUUAGAUUUUACACCUGAUGUUUGAAGAAUUGACCAACUUUCAUUCACCAUUCAGUAUGUUUUUCCAUCUGGUGAAUCAGUGGAUUGUUUUUUGUUAUAUCAUCCCAUCAGUUGUCACACAGAAGAAAGUACUACAGUAUGUGUGAUCACGUUUUAGACACAUUAAAUAAACUGGACAAAGAUAUCUAAAAUUGUCGUAUAAUAGUUAAUGUUGUUAUUUAUGUCUGAUGGUCUAAAUAAAAGGGUGCCACAGGAGACAAAAGUAAGGAUAUUGGCAACCAUCUUGAAUUUUCAAGUGAUUAAUCGACUGGAUUUGAAGAAUUUUAUAUAAGAUAUCCAUGCCAAUUUCAUGCUUGUACAGUACAGUAUCACUAUUUGAAUGAAUCUUCUGUUAGCCACUCUGCUAAUAAUUGAAGCCUCCAUGUCAUAGUUGUAAUCAUUUUCAUUUUUCAGUAGUAGAAGAAUUUAUUUUGUAUUAGAUUACUAUGUUUGGCUUUGAUAUAUGAAAGAAAAUAGUGCUCAAACUUGAAAGAGAAAGGCAUUUAUCAAGUUUGUUUUUUACCAGUGUUAUAAUCAUCAAUUUUUUUGUCUUACUCUUGCAAGCCUUUUCCCACUAUGAUACAGGAUGGCUGGAGCAAACAUAGACUCUCUUCUCUGCUGUCAUUUUCUCUUACUGUCAUAACAAAUGUGUUUUGCUGCGGUUAUCCUGACCCAUGACAAAGAUCCUAGGUUAUCACAUAGGAUUAUCAUAUAUAAAAUUAAUUCCUUUCCCAUUUACCUGGGAUUAAUUAAGUGCCUAAAGCCAUGUAAUAUGGGUGAUAGCACAAGCUAGUUUUUUCUUUAUUACUGAUAUUGGGUACCUAUCUUUAGGUACUAGUUGCACCCUUCAACUUGGGUAAAAUUUAUAGACUCAAAAGAUUGUAAACUGUUAAUCUUGAGGUAUGAUAUAGAGAAAAACUUAAGUAAGAGGAGCCAGGACAACAAUGCAUUAACCUAGAAGAGUUAGAACACAAUAAUGGAUUGUAAGGCAUUGGAAAUAGGUCUGAAUCCUAUUGGUUAGGAAAGAACAUGUUAAGUUGGAUCAAGAUAGAUUAGGUUUGGGCCUCAUAGGACUGGGGCCCCAUGCAUUUCACCAGUCACCCGUCUUGUGUUUCUGAGACAAUGUGUGGAAUACAAUGGAGUCAUGAUAAUUCAUGGGUUAGGUACAUUGGAUAUUGUGAAUUAUCAAAUCGCAAAUUUUAGUUUAAUUUAUUUAAAUGGAAAUUAUGAGUUAGGUUCCAGAGUCCAAAAAAUAUUCUUAAAUUGUUCCAAAACUGCUUUAAUAAACAGUUAAUAUUGUAUGUAGUAUUGUACAUCAAAAAGUACAUUAAAAAAUACAGUAACACAAAGAUAUUGUUCAGAAAGUAGUUAUAUAUUACAUAAACAGCUCCAAUAUCCCACCAGAUGGCCAGCUGUUCCCAUUAUGGGUGCCGGGCUGGCUGGCUGGUCAGCUGUUCCCAUUAUGGGUGCCGGGCUGGCUGGCUGGUCAGCUGUUCCCAUUAUGGGCGCUGGGAAAAUUUAUUACAAUAAUGUUUUAUUAACCCGACACCACAUGAACCUAAAUAACAUUGGAAUUACGGUGAAGUUGCAAACUGACGUGUUAACAGGGGCGUGAGGUGAUGCAGUGCUCUUGAAGUGGAGGGAUUGAAUAUUCCUCUCUGUCCAGCCACCCACCCACCCUACAUCUCCUACACAGAAUUCACAAGUGUAAGAGUGAAUUACCUGGAGACAACCUGUUACGCUGGAUGAUGUGAUGCAUAUAGUUGUGGUUGCUAGGUGCAGCCCCCUUCACUAGUGUGUUACAGGGGCUCGUUAGGUUUUGUGCAGUGUGGCAGCUCUGUAUCUGCUUACAUUUGACAAAAGGAAACUCGCAAUAGCAAAUAUACCAUGGAAUCAAAUUAGAACAAUAUUAAAACAAUCAUCUCAAAUACUGUGUUAUGAUUUAUGGAAUGUUUAUAUGAUGAGCCCCUGUAAAUGCACUAGUGAAGAGGACUACUUCAUUGAAGAAGUAUUGAGAGAUGUCAGGAUGACUUUGUCUGUGUGCCUCUUUCCUCACCAUCAUGGAUGAACUACUGUACAGGUAUCCCUCGCUAUGCAAACAUUUGAGAUAUGAAAAUCUGCUCCUGUGAAUUUCCUAAAUUACCACCUCUUUUUUUUUGGGGGGGGGGGGUAAUGAAAGCUUUCCCACUUGUAUGAAUUUGGGUCCCGGCAAAAAUUCAAAUCAUGUGUUCCCAGGAGUCAUCUGGGGCGGCCACACCCUCCCUAGUGCUCUCCCUACCAGGCUGAGGUAGGAGUUAUGUUAUAGUUAUUUUUUAACUCGUAAUUUUGGGUAGAUAAACAUACUGUAACUUUUUUCAUAUAUAUAUUUUUUUUUUCUAUUCAGUUACAUGCACACACAAUCGUACAUAGAGAAUGUACAAAAGAAAAAGAAUUCUCAUAAGGUCAAAACAUAAAUCAAAUAAACAUUUCUUCAUGCACCAGCAAGAGUUAGCAGGAGUUGAGUUAUGUUAUGGUUAUUUUUCAACUCAUGAUUUCAGGAAGAUAUGCUUAACUUCCUUCACUUUUUCCUUUUUUACUCAUUUACAUGCACACACAAUCCUACAUACAAAAUGUGUAAAAAAAAUAGCAAGUAAAAGAAAUAACAAUCAUAAGGCUUAAAAUAUAAAUGAAAUAAACAUUUCUUUGUGUGAGAGCGGGAUGGGGAGCGUUGCUAAGGGUCGGCAGAGGGGUGUCCCUAGCUGGGCUGAAUUGCUAUGGCGAGGCUUGGGAGCAGCCACAUGUGACGCAACCAGCAUUUAUGCAAAUGGCGGCUCUAUUAAACUUUCAUUUAGCUUUUCCUUCAUGGUUUUAGCUGCAUAUUUUCAUUUAGAUACUGUAGUAUGUUAUUAAUAGUUUUAAUGUGUUCUGUAGUAAAUUACAGUAUGUACUGGUACUGUAGUUGUGUACUAUUUAUCAUUAGUAAGGUAGGUUUUUUUUUCCUGAUUUCAUGUUUUUUUUGUGUAUGAUAUUGGGGUUUUCUUGUCAUUGGAAAACCGAACCCUAUUUUCUAUAUGUUCUUUUAUUCGUUAUGCGAAAAUUCUUUAACGAAUGUUUUUUCAGGAACCUAAUUCAUUCAUAUAAUGAGAGAUACCUGUGUAUUGGGUAUACCUGUACUGUAAACACUGAUUUUUUUCUUAAGAUCAAGGUUGUGGUUAUUGAAAAUUUAAAAAUCAUAUUUUUUGCAUUAACUCCAGAACAAACAAUAGUAAAAGAGGACUUAUUACAAUAGAUCCUUAACAAAAGCUGCCCCAAAUUUGUUAUUUAUGCUUUAUAAUGUAAAUUUUCUCCAGAAAAGGACAUAACAAGAGCUUGGAUGUCAAAAUACAUAUUUAUACAUUAUGUACAAAAUCGUAAGUCAAAUUUUAUUUCGGAUUUAAUUGUGAAGAGCCAUUGGAGUACCUACCACAUAAUAUUUUUUACAUUGAUAGGUCAAAGGUCGAGACUACAAUGACCCCCCAAAAUUUAAUUAUUUAAAUUAUCAUUAACUUAAAAACCGCUGGACAAAAACUCGUCAAAUUUAGUAUGGGGUUCUUUAUGUAGGACUCUUAUUGGCUCAUGGAAUAAUACGAGUGAACAGUGAGAUGUCACCAGUGUGGGGCUUCCUGUUGUAAUGUGGCUGAGGCGAGGUAAGCCAUCUCUGGUUCCCUUGUUAGAUUUGUACUGUAGUGUUAUGAACAUUAAUAAACAACUAAAUGGCAUUA